AUGUCGGAUGGGCCUGAGUCACUCGAGGGUAAAAAGUACCCAGCUAAGAAACACGCACACAAUGUGCUUACGAAUUUGAAAAAGAAAAACUCUACAAAAGCACAAGAUGCAUCCUUUUUCAUCAGUGGGGAGGAUUUGGAAUUGUACAAGUAUUGCGAUCAAACUAGACCAUUUAGACAAAAUAGGUACUUUUUCUACUUGAGUGGGAAUAAUAUUCCAGGCUCACAUGUUUUGUAUGAAAGUGGCAAGGACAAGUUGACGGUUUAUUUGCCUAAUGUGGACAAGGAGGAUAUCAUGUGGUCUGGACUACCAUUGUCGAAGGAAGAGGCUGCCAAGAAAUUUGAUGCAGACGAAAUCAAAUAUGCUGCUGAUGUUGCUGGAGACUUGAAAGGAUUAAAGAGUAAACCAUUCACGACCGAUAUUAACAAAUUUAACUUGGAUUUCAGCUCUUACUUGAUUGAAAAAGACGAGGAUUUCUUUUACGCAUUGGACGAAGCUCGUGCAUUCAAAGAUGAGUACGAAAUCGAGUUGAUGAGACACGCUGCCAAGAUCACUGACAAUUGCCACCUUGCAGUCAUGUCAGCUGUGCCUAUUGAAACAAAGGAGACACACAUACACGCUGAAUUCAUGUACCACGCGUUGCGUCAAGGAUCCAAAAAUCAGUCAUAUGACCCUAUAUGCUGCAGCGGUGAGUCAUGCUCUACUUUGCAUUGGGUAAGAAACGAUGGUGACAUCACUCCAGAGAAAAGGUCAGUCUUGAUCGACGCUGGGGCCGAAUGGGACUGCUAUGCUAGUGACGUCACAAGGUGUUUCCCAGUUAAUGGAGAAUGGACAAAAGAGCAUUUGGAUAUUUACAAUCUUGUUUUGAAAAUGCAAAAUGAGGUUUACAAAUCAAUGAAACCAGGCGUUGAAUGGGAAGACCUCCACCUUAAAGCUCACCGAGUUUUGAUUGAAGGGUUUCGAGAAUUGAACAUUUUCAAAAAGGAAUACUCAGUGGAUGAAAUUUUUAAAGCUAAAGUUAGCGCAAGAUUUUUCCCCCACGGAUUGGGUCAUAUGUUGGGUAUGGAUACUCAUGACACUGCCGGGUAUGCCAACUACUCCGACCCUGAUCCCCUCUUGUGUUACUUGAGAAUUAGAAGAAAACUUGAACCAAACAUGGUUGUGACAAACGAGCCGGGUUGCUACUUUUCCCCUUUCUUGUUAGAAGAGACCUUGAAUGAUCCCUCAAGAAGCAAAUACAUCAACAAGGAUGUAUUGGAUAGAUACUGGUACAUCGGUGGUGUUAGAAUCGAGGAUGACGUUUUAAUCACCAAGGACGGCUAUGAAAUCUUUACCAAAGUAACCAAAGAUCCGGAAGAGAUUAGUGAGAUUGUAAAGGCUGCGCACGAGAGAGGUGUAAAUAGUUUCCACAACAUUGUAUAA